AUGGCGGCUGCGUCGGCGGCGGAGGUGAGGUACGGGAUAGUCGGGGUGGGGAUGAUGGGGCGGGAGCACCUCCACAACCUCGCCCACCUCGCCGCCGAGGUCGAGCGGGAGCAGUCCGUCCGGGUCCCGGUCACCGGCCUCGCCGACCCCCACCAGGAGUCGCUCCGCCUCGGCCUCCAGCUCGCCGCCGAGCUCGGCCUCCCAGCUCCCCAGACCUUUUCAGGUCACCGCGAGCUGCUGGACAGCGGGCUCUGUGACGCCAUCAUCGUAUCGUCCCCAAACAUGACCCACUACGAGAUACUCAUGGACAUCAUCGGCCACCGCGAACCGCACCACAUUCUUGUCGAGAAGCCGCUGUGCACCACUGUGCAGGACUGCAAGAAGGUCAUUGAAGCGGCUAAACAGAGACCAGACAUACUCGUGCAAGUUGGAUUAGAAUACAGGUAUAUGCCACCAGUUGCUAAGCUGAUAGACAUCGUUAAGAGCGGUACACUAGGACAAGUCAGAAUGGUGGCAAUACGCGAACACCGUUUUCCUUUCCUUGUCAAGGUGAAUAACUGGAAUAGAUUCAAUUGUAACAGUGGGGGAACUCUAGUAGAGAAGUGCUGCCACUUCUUUGAUUUGAUGAGACUGUUUGCAGCUGCAAAUCCAGUUCGUGUGAUGGCCUCAGGAGCCAUCGAUGUUAACCAUAAGGAUGAAGUUUAUGAUGGAAAGGUACCAGAUAUUAUUGAUAAUGCAUAUGUGAUAGUAGAAUUUGAUAAUGGCUCUCGUGGCAUGCUUGAUCUCUGCAUGUUUGCUGAAGGAAGUAGAAACGAGCAAGAAAUUUGUGUGGUUGGUGACAUUGGGAAGGGUGAAACUUUUGUUCCAGAGAGCAUUGUCAGGUUUGGAAAGAGAGCAGGAGGCAGAGAUGGAGUUGUAACAGUAAUGGCGGAAGAUGAACGGAUCAAGUAUCAAGGUCUUCAUCAUGGAUCCAGCUAUUUGGAACACCUCAAUUUCUUGUCUGCUAUAAGGGCUCAAGGUGCAUCUGGACCAUCUGUCAACUUAAGUGACGGUCUACUAUCUGUUGCCAUCGGUGUGGCUGGGCAAUUAUCCAUCGAGAAGGGCCGGUUUGUAACCAUGGAAGAGGUACAUGGACUUAAGAGUGCUCAAGACUGA